ACGGAGGGAGUAUCAUCUGCAUCAACGACCUUUGUGCCUAUAGAUAAUAGGACUUAAAAUUUUGUAUUGAUACUUGGAUUACUUAGAUGUGGGAAUAAUUGGGCAUUGUACGCAACAUUUGAUUUUUAAUCAGUGUUAAUCUAUCUUUAAACCACAACCUCUUUGGUAGUUGUGUAGUGACAUUUAUUGAAUUUAGAACAACACAAUGUGACUCUAAAUUGGAAUAAGCUGGUUAUUAAUUAGCCAGAAUAUAGUGUUCCCUAUUCUUCUUUGCCAAGGUCCACCCCACCCACACGGGCCAACACCCCCCUCAUGAUACGAGUCAACACCCCCCUCAUGAUACGAGUCAACUUAUUAAAAGUUUAAUAUCUACUUUGUAUUUUCCAUGCCCUUAAUUUAUAGUGAGUACAAAGUAUUGAGAUCGAAUCCCAAGUCCCAACAUAGCAAAUACUAGAGACACUUUCGGGGAUUCCUUGCCCUUUUCCCCUCACUCUCAAAGUAUUUGACUCGUAAUUAUCGGACCAAAAAAACCAUAAGGGUUCUCCUUACCUUAAAAAAAAAAAAAAAAAAAAAACGUUUAUAACCAAUUAAAAGACAAAUCAAAAACUUUUCUUCAUUUCGGGUUAAAUUUUAAUCAAACUCAAUUAUAAAUAUUGGUGGAAACUAAAUAUCGUACACAUGUGUCCAUGAUUUAAAAUGUGAUAAGUUGUAAUUACAAAAAUCAGAUAAUAUUUUCUUCAAAAAAAAAAAAAAAGAAUCAAAUAAUAUUAUUUCGUAAGCUUGUAACUUACUAAUUUUGUUCGUAUUAAUAUUUGUACGCAAUACAACACUCCAAGAAGUUUGUGGUUAAACACAGUCUCUCUCCUCCUACGGUCCUGAGUAUAUAUAAACAAAUAUACUCGUGGAUCUCCUGUUCACUUUCUCUCUCCUCAUAAUCUUGAAAUUAUCUCUGUUUUUGUACCUUCAUUAUUCAAUUUCUUCCAAAUUCUAUCAAGCUUAAUUUUUAUUCUGUCAGAUCUCUGCAAAUUAUUCUCAUGCUCAAACAAAACUAUUUCUUCCGAUUAAAUUGCGGCGUAAUUCAGGCCGUGUACUUUUUAUGGUUAUGAAUUGACUUGCUCGGCUUAAUGGGUGGUAUAUUCAGCCUGAACAGUUCUAGUGAGUGUAAACGGCUGGACUAUGAGGAUACAAGUACAGGCUCUUGCAAGCGGCAAAGGGUAACAAGGUGCUUUGAGCAUAGCACAAGACUAAUUCCUUCUCUUCCAAAUGAACUAUCACUCCAGAUUCUUGCCAGAGUACCUAGAGCUUACUAUUUGCAACUGAAGUUGGUUUCUCGGACUUGGAAAGAAGCUUUAUCUACUUCUGAAAUAUAUGAUUUAAGAAGAGAGUUUAAAAUAACCGAAGAGUGGCUUUUCAUACUGUCUCGUGUUGAAGAUAACUUAUCAUGGUAUGCGUUGGAUCCUGUUUCUCAGAAAUGGCAAAGGUUGCCCCCAAUGCCUCGUAACUUAACCCAUGAUGAAUCUCAGAGAGGCUUGGCUAUUCAAGUGUGGAACUCUUUGGGAUCAAAAUUGAAAAUAGCAGAAGCGGUAAGAGGGUGGCUUGGUGGAGGUGAUCCACUGGAUAAACUUCCUUUCUGUGGCUGUUCAAUUGCAGCUGUGAAUGGUUGUCUCUAUGUAGUUGGGGGACUGUCGAGGACCUCAGCUUUAAGGUGUGUCCGACGCUAUGAUCCUAUUUUAAAUACCUGGAAUGAAGUGAGCCCCAUGUUAACUGGUAGAGCUUAUAGUAAGACAGGAGUCAUUAACAACAAACUCUACGUUGUUGGAGGGGUUAGCCGAUACAGAGGUGGGUUAACUCCUUUGCAGUGUGCUGAAGUAUUUGACCCUGAGACAGAUCAGUGGUCUGAGGUUCCCAGCAUGCCAUUCGCUAAGGCUCAGGUCAUGCCUACUGCUUUUUUAGCCGAUCUUCUCAAGCCAAUAGCAACAGGAUUGACAACAUACAAGAAUAAGCUUUAUGUGCCUCAAAGUUUGUACUGCUGGCCUUUCUUUGUUGAUGCUGGUGGCGAAAUAUACGACCCAGAAACUAAUUCAUGGAUUGAAAUGCCUGUUGGAAUGGGCGAGGGUUGGCCUGCUAAGCAGGCAGGAACCAAAUUGAGUGUUGUAGUUGAUGAUGAGUUAUACGCUUUGGAUCUGUCAGGCUCUUUGGAUAAUGCUAAGAUUAAAGUAUAUGAUCACCAAGAUGAUUCUUGGAAAGUUAUAUCUGGAGAAGUUCCUAUGACUCAUGAUCAAACUGAUGCUGAAUCUCCAUAUUUACUUGCUGGUUUCCUUGGAAAGCUUCAUGUGAUCAUUAAAGAUGCCAAUUCUGAUAUUGCAGUUUUGCAAGCUGCUACGGGGCCCUUGGCACAACCCGCGCAGUUAAAUUCAUUGUCUAACAGAUGCUCUUUAAUUGAAAGCUCUGUUGCAUCGUCUCCGUCAGAAGUUAUCUGGAAAGUCAUUGCAUCAAGGCGAACUGGGCCUUCUGAGUUGGUUAGCUGUCAAAUUCUCAGAAUCUGAUUCUUGAUGUUGUUAUCGUUGCUUGAAUCUGAUUAGACCUGCACUUGAUAUAAUCGCCCAGAUUUUUGCGCUAGCAUUAGAUGGAUGAACGUGAUGCAUCUUUUCACUCAUCGCACAUUCUAGGUGUCCUGCCCCAAGGGAAGGCUAAAAGUGAGUGGAGCUUAGAGGUUACCAUAUGAAUAAUUGCGCUCUAUUGCAAUUGCACAUGGUUAUAGGGGUACAAGUUUCUGCUGAUAGCGUAGUGAUAGGAACGCGUAAUAAUAACUAAUAAGUGCUUCUUAUGCCUUUUUUUUUUACGCGAUUGUGGCUGUUUGGUUUGUGUCCAUUGUAGAUAUACAUAAUACCACGUCCUACUAUGUCUACUCCACUCUUAAUUCAUUUUAUUUUUCUUUUCUAUUUA